GCAAGACGGUACGACCCUAAAUGCCGUACAUUAGCGUAGAAGUAGAGCUGCGUAUUAAUCGGGACAAACUUCCAGUCAAGUUGGUAUACAUUUAGCUGCUGAAGGGGGGUGGUGCACAAUGUUUGGUCUUCUGAUUUGCUUACUGGGCUUAGCUGGUCUAAGCCCAGUACCCUAUCUUUCAAGUGUUAUUGGUGCUACAGAGCCGGCCCUCAAUUUGUUGAUUUCCAUUUUGUUAGGCUACCCACUAGCCAUUAUAUAUCACAAGUAUGUUAGGCAUCAUGUUGAAUAUAGAAACCUAUAUUUCAUCCUGACAGGAUUGGACAUGGCAAUAUUCAAUUUUGGCCUUUCAAUGUACCAUAAUUUUGUGCCUGCAGUAGUUAUCUAUUUAACUACCAAGUUCCUAGGUCCAGGAAGAGACAAUGCCAUAGUUACUUUUGUCUUUAAUAUGACAUAUCUUCUGGCGGGAUACAUUGUAACCGAGUCUGAAGAUUAUGAUAUCACAUGGACCAUGCCCCAUUGUGUGUUGACACUGAAGCUGAUUGCCUUGUCCUUUGACCUCUGGGAUGGUCAGAAGAAACUUAAGGGACAAGAGCUGUCUGCUAAUAACAAAGUGACUGCUCUCGAGAGCUCGCCUACAUUCAUGGAAUUAAUAGGUUUUGUUUACUUCCCGGCCUGCUUCUUGGUGGGCCCAAUAUUCUCAUUCAGACGAUACAAAGACUUUAUCUCGGACAAAUUCCCCCUGGAUAAAGAUGCUGAUAUCUAUGAAGCUCAGGCGCUGAAGAGACUUGGACAAGGAUUUAUUUACUUGGUGGCUUAUCAAGUUGGAGUUUCCGUUUUUAGCAUGAAAUACAUGUUGUCGGACGAAUUCUGGGACACGUCAAUAAUCUACCGUCACUUUUACUGUGGACUUUGGGCUCAUUUCGCAUUAUACAAAUACAUUUCCUGCUGGCUGCUCACCGAGGCAUCGUGUAUCCGAUUCGGGCUUUCUUACAAUGGUACGAAGAGUGAGGAUGGAAGGACUGUGAGCAAGUGGGAUGGAUGCAACAACAUCAAGCUGCUCCGCUUCGAGAGCGCCACGCGCUUCCAGCACUACAUCGACAGCUUCAACUGCAACACGAACCACUUCGCCGCGGAGUACGUGUACAAGCGCCUGCGCAUACUCGGUAACCGCAACCUCAGCCAGCUGAUUACACUCAUGUUCCUAGCUCUCUGGCACGGCACGCAGUCAGGCUACUAUAUGACCUUCAUAAACGAGUUUUUAAUCAUGUACAUGGAAAAAGAAUUAGAAGCUAUAUUAGUUAAAACAGAGUUUUACGAACAGAUGUGGAAUAAUACCGCCAUCAAAUAUUUGUUGUAUAUUAUACUGAAGACUUAUACUAUAGUGUUCAUGGGUUGGAGUUUAGCACCAUUUGAUGUGAAAAGCUUCGGUAAAUGGUGGACUGUGUAUUCUAGUUUAUAUUUCUCUGGUUUCCUGUUAUUCGUGCCGUGGUCGUUCCUAUACAAGCCACAGUUAAUUAGGGCUUUGAAAGCAGCUGGAGUUCGUCCCAAAACACAAUGAUUUAUUUUUAUAAUGGAUUUUGUAAUACAUUAAUUAUUUGCCUAAAGAUAUAAUUAUUUUAGUGUUGCAUGUCGUACAUAUCCGUUGAUUACAAAAACAUGUCGCCUAAGUACAACUUGCAUCUGUAUAUUAAAAUGAUAUGAUAUAAUAUUAGGGCAAAUUAGUGUUUAGAUAAUUUUAGCAAGAAAUGAUCGUUUACGAGGACGCAGUCUAGAAAGUGGCAUAUUGUUACUUACUAGACGGGUGUUUAAGAUGUUGGUUGUUUGGGUUUAUUUUAGUUUAGAUUAGCAAUCAUGGUUGUAGGUUUAUUUAGUUUUCUUUAUGCUAUCACCUUUUGAAAUCGGUAAUGUUUUACGACGUUUGGCAUUUCUCAUGAGUGAGUAAUAUUUAGUAUUUUAUGAACUGAACUUUGAUUGAUCAAAUACAAUGUACACAUGUGCACUUAUUGUUGAAUUUAUCAAUGAAUUCAAUAGGUAAACUCUGAGCAAUAUCUAGUUACCUCAUAGCUGAUAGGUGCUUACUAAAUCGUUUCCAAGUACUUACCAAAAUAGAUAAUGAUGACAAAUACUGACUACAUUCUAUUGACACUUCCUGAUUUACUGCAAGUUGCAUUCUCCUUUUUCUCAGCGAAGUUUCAUCCAUUGCAGGAUAUAUGCCUCUUGCAUUUUCUUCCAUUAGUAAGAUGUAUAGUAAUUGAACAUAAGUCAUACGUCAAUACUGUUUAAUAAAUGCUCAUUUGCGUCAGCCGUAAAAGGUGGAAUAGUUGUAUUUUUUUUUUCAUUUUCCAUACUUGCUAAUGAUAAUAAGACGCAUAAUAUUUAGGAAAAUCUUAAAAGUGUUCUACGAAAUUCAUCGUCAUUUUGUUUUGUAUUAAUUUUAUUAAACUAUCGUUGAUAUUCGGAUGAUAAACUUUUGUUCGUAAUGUUCAUUUCGGAGUACCUAUAAGAUAAACAAAUUAUAAUUGUUGCUGGUUUCCAAAAAGUGAAUUAAUAAAUUAGGGUGUAAGUCUUUGGAUAUCGCAUAGCAUGCAUAAUAUAUUAUUUACUCGUUUUCUAAUCCCUAUAUUAGUUAUUGCCCUUGCUCUAUCUUUCAUGAACUUUUAAUCCAAUGAUGUAAAUCUUACAUGACUAUUAAGAAGCUUCUUUAAUCGCCGGAUCCUUUUGAGGACAUCUGAAGUCUUGGGGAUAUUGACCCCAUUGUGAUGCAGAUGUUAAUUGACACGGGAAGUUUUAAAAAUACCACAGAGGUGUUAGUACUAUUUUGUGACUACACUCCCGCACUCAUUUUAUUCGGAGGCCAAGCUCUAACCAAAAGUAUUGACAGCCGCUGAUAUUACUCUUAUCUUCGUCUUAUUAUGGUCUUAUAUUAGUAUAGAUAGGUAGGUUCCUAGUCUGACAUUGUAACUUAAUGAGAAUUCACCUAUUUAGUGGGAAAGGGCUGUAAUAGCUGUAGCCUUAUUUAUACGAUUGUUGCUUAGUUAGUAGUCAAUAAUAUUAAUUAUGCAAACUACAACGCCAAUUUAGCCUCUGAUACCAUCAAGUCCAAUAUUAGAGUAUAGAAAUAUGGUCCAGUCAAAUAUUUAUGAGAAUACUAUUUACAUGUUACACUCAUUAGACAGCGAAGUAGUCUAGGGCAUAUAAUCGGGUUUUGGAAACUGUAUUUUACUAGAAUACAAAAAGGUUCAAUUCCGACGAUCCGCUUUAAAACUCUGCUUAUUUAUUUAUCAUAUUGUUCACUUUUGUGGCAUACGCAGAGAUUAUUAAGUAUAAAAAAGUGCAUUAAAUACCCGAACCGCUAAUAAUUACAUUACAAUGACGUGCCGCUUAAGAGUAGAGUUCGCGUGUUUAGUGGCGACCAAUAACUAGGUAGGUAUAAUAUAUUGUAAUAGCGUUAUCACCAAUUAUCCUGUUACCAAUUGCUAUACAAUGUGUUUCAACAGACCUUAGUCAUAUUUCAAAUAUUGCUCCUUUGCUCUGAGAUAUUUUUCACUAUGUAGAGCACUUAUUAGAGAUCGAGUCCAAUAACAAGCAAUUAGAAGUGAAGGUUGUUACAAACUAAGAAUCGCUGCAAUUAGCUACUACCGGUCCGGUAAUUUGAAAACUUACUUGCUCAGGAGAAAGUCACAAAAUAUCAAGCAAUCACUAAACAUGAUUUACUUGUAUCUUGUUGGCUACGAUGAAAGUAAAUUUUCAAACUAUGGCAGUACAAGCAAUCACUACCAAAAAUUUAAAUGCUCUCUUUAAGAGAAAGUCAUUUAAAACAAUCACUCUUUGCUCAUAACUAGUGAAAAACUGAACUAUUAUUUAAGACUGUUUGCCUUAUUCUUGAAAUUCUUUGUCUCCAUGCAGGGUACCAGUACUGAAUGUGCGACAGUGGUCUGUUCAAACACUUGAAAAAAAUAGAAGUAUGAUUAGAAAGAGUUAUUAUUAUACACACAUGAGCGUGAUGUACACUUAAUGAUAAUUUUUCGUUCAAAUAUGAAAUAAUAUAAUAAAUAUAAUUCAUUUCUUUUUGUAAAGUUAAUGAUGCACUAAAAAUAUGGUUAUGUUACCAUUGUUCAAAUUAUUUACUAUUAUUUAAGACUUAAUGACUAUGUAUUUAUAUGUGUGAGCUACGAACAUUAAUUGAUUUUUGUAUACAAAUGCGGCCGAUAUAAGUACCUUUACUAAGUAUGCACGAUGAUUUACACAAAAAUUUAAAAUAAAAGAAAAUCAAAUCUUUGUUGAAAUUCAUAUUGUACGAUGUACGGCUAUUUAUAUCGGCCAUAGUCUAGUAUUGUAUAGUGAUAUUCAGGUAACAACGUUUGGCAGAUUAAAUAAAAUAUUGUUAUGGAUUUGCCAGACCUCGAAUUGUUAAUAAGCUUACCACUUUUGCAAAUUGAAACGUUUUUUUCGUUAUAUUUUAUUAAAAUUUAUUUACUUACAA